AUGCCAUCCGCCGCAGAGGCACUACCGAGAUGGCAAGCCACUAUCAACAGCUGCUCGAGUCUAGCCGCGCUACAGCGUGCCGUGAGGUAUAACGGAAAAGAAAGCCCCGCCGUCAUGGGCUGUCGCUCAUUAUGCUGGAAGACCUUCCUACUAUUCAACGGCGUCUCGCCUACUGUCUGGAUUCAUUCCCUUGCCGAGGCGCGAGAAUCUUACUCGGCGACGAGAGACCAUCUGCUCAAAUACAUCAAGCAUCCCGAAGCUCUCGCCAAUCUCACAAUUGACCCGCUCGCAGAUGACCCAAAUUCUCCUUGGAUCACCAUACGUCAAGAUGAGACUAUUAGGGAAGAAAUUGCCCAGGAUGUUCGCCGUUUGCCCGACGAAGCUUUCUACCACGAGGAGCAUAUCCAAGCCAUGAUCAUAGAUAUACUGUUCAUCUACUGCAGGCUGAACCCGUCUAUUGGAGGCUAUCGUCAGGGAAUGCACGAGCUUCUUGCUCCCAUUGUCUAUGUCGUCAACCACGAUGCCGUUGACAGGUCGGAAGACGAUGCCUCGCUUGGUGACUCGGAUAGACUUAUGUUCGAGGUUCUUGACUCGGCGUUUAUAGAACACGACGCCUUUGCUCUGUUUUCUAGGAUCAUGGACCGUGCAGGUUCGUUCUACGAAAUUAACGAUUCUCCCGCAAAUUCCAUACCGUCGGGCCUCGCAGAGAGCGCGGGGACGUCGGUGAUCGUUGAAAAGAGCAAGUUCAUACACGAAGUUUGCCUCAAAAGGGUGGACCCGCAGCUCGCUCAGCAUCUCAAGAGCAUCGAGAUAUUACCACAGAUUUUUCUCAUAUGGGAGCUAUUGGAGGCAGAUUAUUCCGUCUGCUUGCAGCUUCUCUUGAAAUACCCAAUGCCCAAUGCUCCUCAUGGGCCCCACACCUUUAUCGAGGACGCCAUCUAUCUAAAAGAUCACCUCGGACCCUCCGGCGCAACAUCCCUUCUCAUGAAGUACACCGGCAGAAUGCCGUCGGUCACACGCUCCCCGAGCUUAAAUCCCCGCUCCAGCCCUUCAGGUUUCGCCACCCUUAGCGGUCUGCGCUCCCGUGCUCUCAGUCCCCGGUCGCCGCUCCCCGCAGCCUCUAGACUCCUUCAGCAGCAAGGAGGCGUCGAGGCGCUCUUCCAAGGUGCUGCUAAGAACGUCCUCGAGAGAAGCGAGAAACUCGGCAUCAACCAGGCCGUUAGGGAUGCCAUGGGAGAGAUUCGCCGAAACAUGCAGAAUCUGCAGGACAACAACCGCCAGCAUUUGUCCAGGUCGUCGAGGAGGGACUCUGCCUUUAGCUCCGGAUUAGCCUCUCCGGCCGUUGGCGACUCCGCCGUGAAGGAGAUGGCGAGACGGAAUAAGCAGCUAGCGGGGAUGUUGGAGGAGACUCUGUCGGAGCUGAGGGCUAUCACGACGGAGGUUCUGGAAGAUCGGGCUAAGAGCCUGGAGAUGAUUGAGAUGGCGGUCGCCAAGGCCCAGGUUGUCAAAAUUUGUCUUGAGGAUUCGUCUGUCGAUAUCCCUGGGCUCCCUACACCUGAAAACACGCCUGCAGUCAAGGGUGGCCCCUCUGGCACAAAGGGGGAGGAAGCAGACGUGAUCAUGGAUGCCACUCCAGAAGCACAGACGCAACCCCCAUCACCACCCGCUACGGUAACGACAGAUCCUAUCCCCAAGAUAUCCACACUCUCGCUAGCCGAGCAAGCCCCCAAUUCAUCAUCACCUUCAUCAGCAACCCCUUCUUCUCUCGAUCCACUCUCAAACAUCCCCAUCGAAGUCCCCUCCCCCAAGAAGCCUGAGAGACCAAGCAGCCUCCUCCCCGCCCGUUCCUCAAUAGCCCAAUCCUCCUUCGCCUGGAUGCUCGAACCCGACACCUCAAUCCCCGCCCCCCUCCCGUCCGCCACCGUCCGACCCGCUGGUCCCGCGAGCUCUUCGUCCUCCCUGUCCACGACGACCUCUACGUUUGUGAAUAACGGGUCCUCGAGCGUGAGGAUGCACAGGAAGAGGCCGAGCGGGAACAACUCGAGUAGUAGGGAGAGGAAUGCUUUCUUGUUUGGCGAGGUGGUGCCUUCUGCCGAUGUUGGCGCGGGAGGCGCGGCGGAGGUGGAGGUUAGGGGCGUUACGGCUGAUGAGAUUUUUGGGUUGGAGCCUAUUAGGAAGGGGAGGUAG